AUGGAACAAGUGGCGGAAUGUCAAUCUAGUGAAGCUCCAAAAACCGCUAUAAAAGGCCACAGUCUCACUACACCUCAACUCACCCAUUUCCGUACAGUUUCUCUUUUGCGAGGACAAAGAGUGCCUACGACCAAAAUGGCUCCAAAGAGUUCAACAAAAACCGUAGCUCUUGUCCUUGCACUGAUCAGCAUCCUCUUCCUCACCCAAACCGAAGCCCUCAGCCGGCCCCGUCACUGCCCACCCCCACCGCCACCGGUGUGUCCACGACCACUGCCUCCUCCUCCGUGUCCAAGACCACCACCACCACCGCCGCCUCCACCGUGUCCACAACCACCGCCAUCUCUACCGUGUCCACGACCACCACCGCCGUGUCCACGACCUACGCCACCUCCACCCUGUCCUGCACCAACGAUACUUCCGUGUCCAGUGCCACCACCAACGUCUCCACCAAACAAUCAACCACCACCGCCUCCACCGCAGACUCCCCCACCUCCUCCUCCAACCACACCACCACCACAGACUCCCCCACCUCCUCCUCCAACCACACCACCACCGCCUCCACCACAGACUCCACCACCACCCCCACCGCAGACUCUCCCACCUCCUCCUCCAACCACACCACCACAGACUGCACCACCACCCCCACCGGGGACUCCACCACCUUCUCCUCAAACCACAUCACCGCCGCCACCACCAAAGACUCCAUCAACGCCCCCACCGCAGACUCCACCAACGCCCCUUCCACAAACUCCACCACCACCUCCUCCAAAGUCUCAACCACCACCGCCCCCGCCAGGCACAUGUCCUAGGAAUGCUGCCCAACAAAGGGCAUGUUCCAGUAUCCUACGACGUUCCGGAAUUUUCCUAGACUUUGGAAUGGCGCAGCCAUGUUGCUCCCUCAUCCGUGAUCUAUCUGAUGCUAAUGCAGCUGCUUGCCUAUGUAGUUUGGUGAAUGCACGACGCUACACACUUUCUCUCGAUAUCAUUAUCCUCUGUAAGGCUUGUGGUCGCAAGAUUCCCCGAGGCUUCACCUGCCCAUGA